GCCUUGUCAAUGUCUCUAUACGAAGUCUGGCAAGCAGCGGGAAGCAGCCCUUUCCAGCCUGCAGUUGGAAAGGACAGCCAGCUCACUAUAGGCUUAUUCCUGUUGUUCAUCGGGUUGAUACUUACCGGCCUUUUCGGACUGAAUCGAUCUCCUCUCUCGGUACCUCUCUUGGGAAUUCCAGCCUCUUUAGCGUUUGGAUUCGGCGCUGUUUACGCCAUUUGUGGUUUCGGAGUGUACGUCUAA